GGCAUGCUAGCAACUGUUGUGAGCACAUGGCGAGCGUUGGGCGCGUUUGAGCUUGUUUCUGCACGUCGGAAACUGUGCAGAUUGCACGAAGUCGGCGCGCGUGCAUCGGCGCGCGCUUUUUUCGCACCGCGGAAUAAUUGAACCAGGCGAAGCGAGUCUGCGGUUGACUUACGCGGAUUUCUUUGUCAUUGUUACACUUUUGGGCUACCUAAUGCAUUGAAAAGCGACGAGUCAAGCGAGAACCGACCUUCUCCACUGCUUUGUUUACACUUGGAGAACCGUGACUUGGAGUUUGCCUCCCUUCGUCAAGGGCUGAAUAGCGGAAGAAAACCUGGCAGGCAUGCUGAGACAUGGCCGGCAAGUUAAUGCGGUAUUCCUAUCUUUUGACGAAGUGUCCUGAUAGCAGCGCUGCCGACAUGGCAGGCUUGACUUCUGGCAUCUGUGGAGUGUCGUAUGGGCGCUACAACUACAUCAUGAAACAACUGCAUGGUAUGCAAAGGUACUCUCUGGCACUCCCAAAAAGCUUCAUGCAAAGGCGGGCCAUGGCAACAAUGCUUAGCACUAGUGACGUUGCUCCUGUGACUGUGUCAAAGAUCAAGAAGGUCCUCAAGGACAAUUCGGUUGGAUUUGAAGAGGGAUACAUCUGCCUAAAGAUUACAUGCCCCAUCUGUCGGCAUGAUCCUUCUUGCACUGAGGUUCAGAAGAGCUUGCCUCCAACAGCUUUUAUAAAUAUCAGAACAGGCCUCUUCACAUGCUAUAACUGCCACGUAGUGACCAGCUGGCGGAACCUUCAAGACUGCUUUGCAAUUGAGAAAACCGCAGAGCUCAGGGAACAGCUAGCAGCUGACUGUCACGCCUUUCCUAAUAAGCAGGAAGUGGUGGAGGUGCAAUCCCUCUACGAGUCUUCCACACGGCUAGCAGAUGCUGAAUCCUCGCUGCUAAAGCAGAUAAUAAGCAGGUUUGGUUUGCAGAGGAUACACCCGGUGACCAUGAGAGCAAUGGAUGUUCGGCUGUCUGAAGACAAGUCCAGUAUUCUGUUCCCCAUUUAUGGACCAGCAAAAAGACUGGUAGCACUGAAGUCUGUUGAGCUGGCAGACGGCCAUGAAGCUUCAAGUGUUUUUCCAAGGCCAUCGGUCGUGGGCCUGUUUGGCUGGCACAGAAUUAAGAGGGGCCACCAUGAGCUGAUCCUGACCGCAUCUGAGAAAGACGCCUUGGCUGUUGUGCAGGAGACCAACCUGCCAGUGGCAUCUCUGCUAUCAGGAACUUCAAACCUGCCUUUAGAGGUACUUCCCUUAUUUGAGCAAUUUGACAAGAUCACGCUUUGGUUUGGAAACCGCCUCCAAGACUGGGAAUCCGUCAAGGUCUUUGCGAGAAAAUUGUCUGAAAAGAGAUGCUAUUACAUUAGGCCCAAGGAGGGCUACCCACUGGCAGCAUUGCAGGCCACACCACAGAGUAAGCUUCCGGAUGUGCUAAAACGGUGCCAGCCAGUCAGCCAUCGAGCCAUCACAACGUUCCACAGUUUGAGAGCUGCAGUUGCGGACCUUCUACAAAACGUAGACACAUUCAUGGGCGUUCCUUGGCAGAGGUUUCCUGCACUCGUGCGGCUACUUAAGGGUUUUCGCACUGGGGAGCUAACAGUAUUUACGGGACCCACUGGUUCAGGCAAGACUACAUUUAUGUGCGAGUACUCCUUGGACCUCUGCAUGCAAGGGGUGAACACUCUCUGGGGAAGCUUUGAAAUUCAGAAUGAGAAGCUAGCCAAGAUUAUGCUAACCCAGUUUGCCAAGAUUUCACUGGAGAAUAACAUGGAGGAAUUCGACUCGUGGGCUGACAAGUUCGAGCUUCUGCCCCUGUACUUCAUGACUUUUCAUGGAGAAGAGACUAUGAAAAAUGUGAUGGAUGCAAUGUCCCACGCUGUCUAUGUGCAUGACAUACAGCAUGUUGUGGUAGACAACGUGCAGUUCAUGAUGGGCGUUGGCAUGGACAACUCCAACGUUGACCGUUUCUGGAGGCAGGAUCUCCUGAUUGCUGCUUUUCGACGUUUUGCCACGCAGCACAAUUGUCACGUGACGCUUGUCAUGCAUCCACGCAAGGAAAAGGAUUCGGAGGAGCUCAGCACCAGUUCCAUCUUUGGUGGCGUCAAGGCAAGCCAAGAGGCAGAUAAUGUACUCAUCCUCCAGGACCGGAGACUGACCUCCCAGCAGGGACGCAAGCAUCUGCAGGUAACCAAAAACAGAUUCGAUGGAGACAUUGGGUCAGUGCCACUGGAAUUCAACAAGGAGAACCUCACCUUUUCUGAGAGCACAUGGCCAUUCAAGAAUGCUCCAGAAAGGAAAACAAAAAGUGCCUUUUCCCGCUCCGCUCUUCCACCACCCAGAUAAAUAUUUCUCCCAGCACAGUUAGGGGACAUCACACUAAAUGCAACUCUUGGGUUGAUAUUUUGCAUCAUCUCGUGGUUCUGGAGUCCACGUCUUAUAUUUUACCACCCUGCGGUGAAGUAGUAGUCACUAUAUAUAAUUAUAUUGCACUGGUCAUGUU